UGAUCAACUGGGGAGACUGAGGUUGCCUGCAAUUUUAUUCUUAUUAUCAUCACAUUUUUGGAGGGAGAGGCACCUUUCCUUCUCUCUCCCUCUACCUCUUCUCCCACCCCUUUUCCCCCUCUCCACUCCCCCUAUCUACCUGUCAAAGUCACUGAUCUUUUUGCAUUUCGGAAGAGGAGGACACGGAGGAGGAAUUCCCUCUCUGGGGUCUCAGCUUUGAAAGGGCCAACUCUUCCCGGGAGCCAGUUCUUUUCCCUCGGCACCGGGCGAAGGGUGUUGGUGCCAGAAGAAAAGAAUGAUUGAUGGGAAACAGACACCGGGCUGUAGACACUCAUCUUUUUGCUUCAGAUACUGAUUUAUCAGCGAGUCUGGGCAUCCCUUGUGAGCCGUGAACAUAGAGGAGGAUCACUCAGGGUUAUCGGCAGUACAACUGAAGACCUACCACUUUGCUAAAUUAUCAUCCCUUCUUGGACAUCUGUUACAACGACAACAAGAAAAAAAAUCAAAACAAAGCAAAGCAAGACCCAGCAAUCCUAGAGAUAAGCUCUGGGACAAAGAAAAAUCUUAGGGCUGAUUUUAAACACUGUCACACGGAUAUGAUAAACUUCCACCAAAGUCCUCAACUUACACAACAAAGCACCAUAUUCUAAGACAUCACCGCUCUUGGCUUUGGAACCUGCUUUGGGGCCUCUUUGUGUGCGUAUAUUUAAAAAAAAUACAGACCAAUAUACAUAAAGAAAGCAAAGUUAUAGUCCACCAACUUUGUUUCAGUCCUGGUGAAGUUUUCAAAGGAUUUAGAGAUGUAUUUGUCAAGAUUCUUAUCAAUCCAUGCCCUUUGGGUUACUGUGUCCUCAGUGAUGCAACAUUACCCAUCAGUGUGGGGACAUUAUGAUGUGUGUAAGACUCAGAUUUACACAGAAGAAGGGAAAAUUUGGGAUUACAUGGCUUGCCAGCCAGAAGCUACUGACAUGACAAAAUAUCUGAAAGUGAAAUUGGAUCCUCCUGACAUUACCUGUGGAGACCCGCCCGAGACAUUCUGUGCAAUGGGCAACCCCUACAUGUGCAAUAAUGAAUGUGAUGCAAGUACCCCUGAGCUGGCACAUCCCCCUGAGCUGAUGUUUGAUUUUGAAGGAAGACAUCCCUCCACAUUUUGGCAGUCUGCUACUUGGAAGGAGUACCCCAAGCCUCUCCAGGUUAACAUUACUCUGUCUUGGAGCAAAACCAUUGAACUCACAGAUAACAUAGUUAUAACCUUUGAAUCUGGGCGUCCAGACCAAAUGAUCCUGGAGAAAUCGCUUGAUUAUGGACGGACAUGGCAGCCCUACCAGUAUUAUGCCACAGACUGCUUAGAUGCUUUCCACAUGGAUCCUAAAUCCGUGAAGGACCUAUCGCAACACACAAUAUUAGAAAUCAUUUGCACAGAAGAGUACUCCACGGGGUACAUGACAAAUAGCAAAAUAAUCCACUUUGAAAUCAAAGAUAGGUUUGCAUUUUUUGCCGGACCCCGGCUUCGCAACAUGGCUUCCCUGUAUGGACAGCUGGAUACCACCAAGAAACUCAAAGAUUUCUUUACCAUCACAGACCUGAGGAUAAGACUACUGAGGCCAGCCACUGGGGAAAUAUUUGUAGAUGAGCAACACCUGGCCCGCUACUUUUAUGCCAUCUCAGACAUAAAGGUAUAUGGAAGGUGCAAGUGUAACCUUCACGCCACUGUGUGUGUCUUUGACAACAAUAAAUUGUCUUGUGAGUGUGAGCACAACACUACAGGCCCCGACUGUGGGAAAUGCAAGAAGAAUUAUCAGGGCAGACCUUGGAGCCCCGGCUCGUACCUCCCCAUCCCCAAAGGCACGGCCAACACCUGUAUCCCCAGUAUUUCCAGUAUUGGUAACUGUGAAUGCUUCGGCCACUCCAAACGGUGCAGUUAUAUCGAGCUGCUCAAUACAGUCAUUUGCGUGAGCUGUAAACACAACACUAGAGGGCAGCACUGUGAGUUAUGCAGGCUGGGCUACUUCAGAAAUGCUUCUGCACAGCUGGACGAUGAAAAUGUAUGCAUAGAGUGUUUUUGUAACCCUUUGGGCUCAAUCCAUGACCGUUGUAAUGGCACAGGAUUUUGUGAGUGUAAGACGGGAACAACAGGGCGUAAAUGUGAUGAGUGUCUGCCAGGAAAUUCCUGGCACUACGGCUGUCAACCCAAUGUGUGUGACAACGAGUUCCUGCACUGCCAGAACGGAGGGACGUGUCACAACAACGUGAAAUGCCAGUGCCCAGCCGGCUACACUGGCAUCCUGUGCGAGAAGCUGCGGUGUGAGGAGGCUGGAAGCUGCGGCUCAGACUCCGGCCACGGGGCAAGGGCACAGGGCUCUCUCACUCUGCUUGUGGCUCUGCUAGGAAUAACUGGCCCACGCCUCUUUUAGGCUUGGUGUACUCUAUGGCCUCAAGUUCAGCCUACUGAUGGGACUAUACCACGGGGAAGCUAAACUAAUACAAGCUUUUGCUACUAACAUAGCAAAAUACACACACACACAUGUUGAAAAACAAAAACAACUAAGAAGGCCUAACUGAACUAAGCCAUAUUAAUCAAUCGUGGACAGCAAUUCUGAGUCGAGACUGUUAACUUCUGACUCCAGACAAGUUGGCAGCUGCUGAUAUUAUUACUACAAAUCACAACGCCAGCUGCAGGACUUACUGUGGAUUGAAGGGGCUGUAAAAAGCCCUCCCCAUUCUCACCCCAAAACAGGGAAAAAAAAUAAAAAAUAAAAACCAACAACCUAGAAACACACACACACACACACACACACACACACACACACACACACAAACAUCUAUGCCUCUAAUCUGGUGCGCUCUCUUGUACCUCUCUGCCCAGUGUGUGGACCAACCAAAUAGAAGCAUUCUUUGCUGUCAGUGCAUUGUGGGUAUAAGGAAAUCUGGUCAAAGCUGCCAUAUUGGCCUGCUUCAGUCCCUGAAUCCCUUCCAACCUGUGCUAUAGUGACCGUUGCUCUGUAAGUAACCCUUGUUGGUUGAAAGAUUUCUUUGUCUGAUGUUAGUGAUGCACAUGUGUUACAGCCCCUUCCAAAAAUAUCUCAAGACAGUCAUAUCCUCGUGUAUCUUAGCAGCACUAUAUCACUCCAGUGCUGGUAUACACCUACCAUACAAGAGUGGCUAUAAGGGAAAAGAAAAAGAAAAAAAAAAGAAGUGUAUCUAUCCUUUUGUAUUCAAAUGAAGUUAUUUUUCUUGAAAUAAUGUACAACGUAGAGUUUUUGUAUUAUUGCCAAUUUGUGUUACAAGACAAUCUGUUAAUGUAUUUGAUUCUAAUCAGAUAAGAAGACGGUUAUAUUUUCUUUGUCCUUUUUUUUCUUUUAGUUUAGUUUUGUUUUGUUUAAUUGUGCAGAGAUCCCUCUGUAUGAGCAACGUGCUGGCAUCAAAGAAUAUCAGUUUACAUAUAUAAAAAGUGUAAUAAGAUUCCACCAAAGGACAUUCUAAAUGUUUUCUUGUUGCUUUAAUCUGGAAGAUUUAAAGAAUAAAAAUUCCUGCAUAAACGA